GUUUACUUCCUCCCUACACAAACCGGAUGCACUGAAACUGAAAGUCUUGAGUCAGAUGGGUUGUGAGAGUUUGCACAACCUUAUCUCAGCUCUCUUCCCUGACUUGGGGCUUGGUCUGGGGAUAUUUGUGCUAGAAAACGAACUUCUAUAAACGGGGACAUCACGAGGAGCUGAGAACAGCUGGAGCCUCCCAGACACAGAGAAGGCAACGCUGGGACACGGGUGGUGAGAGAACCACAGGGAGGAGAGAGCGGGGCUUGUGACGAGCCCCGGGCUCGUGGGAACAGCACAGUGAGGCUGCUGAAAGGAAGUAAUCCCGGCACCACAAAGCUCCUUUCUGUCCUUUACGCAAGGAUGAGGAUCAGUGGGCUUUCAUAAAGCAGCAGUAGGAGCUGUGCCAGCACGUUGCCCAUCUGCCACUGACCCUGGGGUUCUGUGGUGCCCCUUGAGCUCAGCCUGCCCUGACCUGCCCCAGGACACGUCCCUGCAGAGCCCCACCAUCCAGCCAUGCUGCGUUUCCUCUGGGACAGCAUCUCCAUCCAGGUGCUCCUCAUCUUCCUUGUUGUUUUCCUGCUUGUUGCCAACUACAUGAAGCACAGAAAGCCCAAGGACUUCCCUCCACAACCCUUCUCUCUCCCCAUCGUGGGGCACAUGUACCUGAUGAACUUCAGCAAUCCCUUGAUGACAGUACAGAAGCUUAAUGAAAAAUAUGGGGACAUCUUCGGCUUGGAGAUGGGCACGGCAUCGUUUGUGUUUGUUAAUGGGCUGCGGAUGGUUAAGGAAGUUCUUGUAAACCAAGGAGAAAACUUCCUGGAUCGCCCUGAAAUGGCCCUUUACAAGGAGGUCUUCAGCAACAGAGGACUGCUGUCUUCCAAUGGGCACUUGUGGAAGCAGCAGAGGAGAUUCACGUUGUCCACCCUCCGAAACUUCGGCUUGGGGAAGAGGAGCCUGGAGGAGCUCAUCCGGGAGGAGUGCCGGUACCUCGUGGAUGCGUUUGGGGAUGAGCAGGGGAAUUCUUUCGACCCUCACUUUAAAAUCAAUAACGCCGUUUCAAACAUCAUCUGCUCCGUCACCUUUGGCAAUCGCUUUGAAUACCAUGAUGAGGACUUCCAAAAAUUGCUGCGGCUGAUAGAUGAGAGCAUUACCAAAAGCGGGAGUGUCAUGAGCCAGCUGUACAACUCCUUCCCAUCUAUAAUGAAGUUCUUCCCUGGAUCACAUCAAACCUUUUUUAAAAACUGGAGGUUGAUGAGAAAUUUUGUGAAAGAGAGGAUCGACAAACACAAGGAGGACUGGAACCCCUCGGAGAGCCGGGACUUCAUCGACUGCUACCUGCAGGAGAUAGCCAAGGACAACGGUGAUGGCACCUUCCAGGAGGAAAACCUUGUGGCAUGUGCACUCGACUUGUUCUUAGCUGGGACUGAGACCACUUCAACAACCAUCCGCUGGGCUCUGCUGUUUAUGGCCAUGUAUCCAGAAAUUCAAGCCCGCGUGCAAGCAGAGAUCGACACGGUCAUCAGGCAGGCGCGGCAGCCAGCCCUGGAUGACAGGAGCAACAUGCCCUACACCAACGCCGUCAUCCAUGAAGUGCAGAGGAAAGGCAACAUUGCCCCUUUCAUCUUGCCAAGACUGACAAUGAAGGACACGGUUGUGGAUGGCUUCCGCAUACCUAAGGGCACUGGAUUGGUUGCAAAUUUAACCUCUGUGAUGUUUGACAAAAACGAGUGGGAAACCCCUGACACUUUCAACCCUGGACAUUUCCUGAAGGAUGGUCAGUUCUGGAAAAGAGAAUCUUUCCUACCAUUUUCUAUAGGGAAGCGCUCCUGCCCGGGUGAGCUGCUGGCCCGCACCGAGCUCUUCCUCUUCUUCACGGCUCUGCUCCAGAAAUUCACCUUCCAGGCACCACCGGACACCACACUCAGCCUCCAGUUCAAGAUGAGCAUCACGCUGAGCCCAAAACCCUACAAGAUCUGUGCUGUGCCUCGGUAGGGAAGCCUUGGCCACUGUCCUCACAGGGAAAAUCCUUUGUUAGGGAUGCUGAAAAUGAGCCCUCAGCUGCUCCCCUGGGUGGUGGUAACAACCUCUCGCCUCCAAGGAGAGGUUGGAGGAUUUGUUGGUUUCUUUUCAAGCAAUUGCAAAAUGAUUUCUUUUACAAUCAGACUUUGCACUCUGUAUCACAUGGGAAAGGUGAUCAGUCUGGGAUCUGCCAGGGCAUUUUAGGCUUGUGAUAUGGCACUGUAAAUGAAGGAGGGGCUUGUGCCUUUCCUACUUUAAGUACUAAUUACUAAUGUUUUUUGAUUUUGUUAUCCUUGACUAGUAAUCCCGUAAGAAGAAGUCACUCCAACAUGUCUGUUUCAAGUGCCUCAAUAAAUUUUUAUCAAAA